AUGUUGACGAUGAUGAGCCAGAUUCGUUUUCCGCUUUACGUCAAAUCCGGAACUCAUUGCUGCUACGCCUCCGCCUCAAUUUCCGAACCUCAAGUCCUUAACGGCAACCCUGGCGGCACAGUCUCCUCCCGGCAAGAGAUCCGUCUCGGUUUGCCGAGCAAAGGUCGAAUGGCUUCCGACACACUCGAACUUCUCAAGGAUUGUCAAUUGUCAGUGAAGCAGGUUAAUCCGCGCCAGUACGUUGCACAGAUUCCUCAGCUUUCCAACUUGGAAGUCUGGUUCCAGAGGCCAAAAGACGUUGUAAGAAAAUUGUUAUCCGGUGAUCUUGACCUUGGUAUUGUGGGACUCGAUAUAGUCAGUGAGUUUGGCCAGGGUAGUGAAGAUCUUAUCAUUGUCCAUGAGGCAUUGGAUUAUGGUGAUUGCCGUUUAUCAAUUGCAAUUCCGCAGUAUGGAAUAUUUGAAAAUGUAAACUCACUAGAGGAACUAGCAAAAAUGCCUCAAUGGACAGAAGAAAAGCCUCUGCGAGUUGCAACUGGAUUCACUUAUCUGGGUCCUAAAUUUAUGAAAGAUAAUGGCAUUAAGCAUGUUGCAUUUUCAACUGCUGAUGGAGCACUAGAGGCUGCUCCUGCGAUGGGGAUUGCUGACGCUAUCCUGGACCUUGUAAGUAGUGGAACUACGUUGAAAGAAAAUAACUUGAAGGAAAUUGAAGGUGGAACUGUUUUGGAGAGCCAGGCUGCUCUUGUUGCAAGCAGGAAAUCAUUGAUCAGUCGAACAGGAGUACUUGAAACAACUCAUGAGAUGCUUGAAAGAUUGGAGGCACAUCUGAGGGCCAUGGGGCAGUUCACGGUUAUUGCAAACAUGAGAGGAAGUAGUGCAGAAGAAGUAGCUGAGAGAAUACUGAGCCAACCAUCAUUAUCUGGGCUGCAGGGGCCCACUAUAAGUCCAGUUUUCAGCAAGCGCGACGGAAAGGUAGCAGCAGACUACUAUGCCAUAACCAUAUGUGUGCCCAAGAAGGCAUUGUACAAGUCUAUUCAACAAUUGAGAGAGAUUGGAGGCAGCGGAGUUCUCGUAUCACCUUUGACCUAUAUUUUUGACGAAGAAACUCCUAGAUACCGUCAGCUCCUUUCUAAACUUGGGCGUUAG